GGUUAUCUCUUCUGUUUUUUAGCUGAUUCAGCGGAUUCGAUUCCAGAGCAUAAUGAAUUCCUUUUCCCAGAAUAUGAAAUUUUGAUAGAACCUGAGGAACCAGAAUUUCCUGCUGACAGCAGUGUAGAUCCUGAUGAUGAACAAGGAGCUGCAGAUACAUCAAAGGACCCAAAAGAACAAGAGAAACUCAGAGCUACAGGCAGUGCAGGUGAAGCAUUUCAAUCCUUAGAUGAAGAGACAUUGGAAGCAAUGGCAAAACAUGAGACUGAAGAUGACAGGAUCUUCCAAAUGUUUAAAGAACGAGUAGCUGCUGAACCAGAGCAGAUUAUUAGAUACUGCAGAGGAGGAGAAGGCCCAAUCUGGGUAUCGGGUGAAAAUAUUCCUGAAGAAAAAGAUAUCCCAAAUUGUUUAUGUGGUGCCAGAAGGGUUUUUGAAUUCCAGAUUAUGCCACAGCUUCUGAACCACCUUCAGGUUGACAGCCUUGGAGAGAGCAUUGACUGGGGGACACUGGUAGUGUACACUUGUGCUGACAACUGCGGUGAGGGAAAUGAAUACCUGGAAGAGUUCAUAUGGAAACAAGACUUCUCUGCAGGAUCUGUUUAACUUCCAUCAAGUUACUGAGUUGUCUAAAUAGAAUACUUGCCUUGUUUAGUGCAUCUCUGCACUUUGCAAACAUAAUUGAACUGAAGUCACUGCUACUAAAAGUAGACCUUGACAGCCUCUCUUGUGCUCCACAGGAGCUUUUACUUCAAGCUGGUAAUGAAGCCAGAUGCAUUUGUUCAGUGAAUUUCACUUCAAAUCUCAAUUCUGAAUGUUUAAAUAAAGAUGAAAUAUUUUUUGAUUGGUCAAAGUAUCUUUUGUUGGUGACUGAACUUCAAGAACUUAGCUUAUUACCUGUCAUGAUUUUCUUUGUGCUACUCAAAAAUUAACAAUCAUUCACAGAGAAAAGCAGACUGUUGUAAGGUCACUUGAGUGCUUAUGCUCAGGAGGUGUACAGAUGUCAUACCUAAGACAAAGCGGCGGAGCCUUUCACUGUGGAAUUUAAAUCUGCUUCUCACUUGGCAGCUGUUACACUCAUUCAAGAUAGAAUGCACAAAAAAUGUUUUAACUGAAUUAAACUAUUUCUGCAUGGGACUGUUUGGUCUAGAAGCAGUUUAAACAAAUCCAGCCAUACCAGCACACAUUUGUAUUGUUACUUAGCUGAAUUGUACCUUAAGUCUGCCAUCUUUGGUGAAGUUUAAAUGUAAGUGCCCUCUGCAGGGAUUCUUCUGCUGUUUCAGUGCCAUAUAGCUGAGGCAAGAGAAAAGGGAAACCAUAAUGCUAAAAUUUGUUGUGGUAGUUGCUUAACUACUCCUGUGGCUGUAGCUAUGUUUGCAGAAAAGAAAGGCACUUUUGUGUGUGUAUUUGUGUCUCAGUAUAGAACUUACUCAGUGCCUUACUCCCUCAAACUAUUCAUGUCUACUUACUGGUGAUUGUGAAGGUGAUUUUAUGAAAGCCCUAGGCCCACUGUUGCAGUUCUUUUGUAUUA